UUUGUUUGCUGCUGCUUCUUCGCACGCCGGACCUCCGCACCUGCUGAAGGAGAAGAAGAAGAGGAAGAAGAGGAAGAAGAAGAUGGGGCUGGAGUUCGAGGUGAGGGCGGCCGGCGGCAUGGAGGACUGCUUCGUCUCCCUCCCGCCGCCGCUGAUACAGACCCUCCAGCAGUCCACGCCGUCCGGGCUCCUCCCCCACCCCCUCGCCCUCGAGCUCCGCUGCCUCCGCACCCGCGGCUCCUGGGUCGUCGCCUGGUCCGGCGCCGCGUCUCCCUCGUCGGCGAUCGAGGUUUCUCAGCAAUUUUCUGAGUGCAUUUCAUUACCUGAUCGAGUUACUGUUAAAGUGCGAGUUAUAUCAAACUUGCCCAAUGCUACUCUAGUUAUGGUGGAGCCACUUAGUGAGGAUGAUUGGGAAGUUUUGGAGCUAAACGCAGAGCAUGCUGAGGCUGCUAUGUUGAAGCAGGUCCGGGUUCUUCAUGAAACAAUGAACUUCCCCUUGUGGUUGCAUGGCCAAGCCGUCACAUUUCGUGUUAUCUCGACAUACCCAGAGAAAGCUGUAGUCCAACUUGUGCCGGGGACUGAAGUUGCCGUUGCCCCAAAGAGACGCAGGAAAAAUCUGCUGAGAAAUGAAGAUCACUCCACACAGUGUCCCAACAGGAAGCAACAACCACAAAGGGCAUUACUGCGAAUUCAAGAACCGGAUGAGAGAUUGAUACACAAGAAUAAAGUCAACGGUGUUGAUCUAGGAAUAGUUCUCACAGCUAUUGCUUAUAUUCACCCAGAAACUGCUAGGAACUUUGGCUUUGAUCCUCUUAGUACAGUUAUUAUUACACCCUUUUCAGCAAAGGAGAGCAGCAAAAAUCCUACAAACAAUUCCUUCCAACAGAAAAUCAAUUUGAAUGGAAAGGAAGGGAGCAGAGGAAUCGAGAAGAAUGAAGUACGUAAUGCAGUAGUUUGCCUUUUGAUUUCUGAAUCUGUGGCCAAAGGACAUAUUAUGAUUUCGCGGUCUCUUUGCAUGUAUCUUGGAGUUGGCCUUCAUUCGUGGGUUCACAUGAAGAGUUCCUUUACAAUUUUGAACAAGAACAUUUCGUCGAUGUUGGUCUCUCCUGCCCAUUGUAAGUUGCUAGGGAAGGAAAAAACUCCUGAGAAAAAUGGGGAAGGAGAGCUUAAUCUGCACAGAUACAAAAGCAAGAAAAAGAUGCAUCUGGAUGUGCACACGGGCUUUUUUAUGGAUGCUGAAGACUGGUCUUCUCAUAAUAAAGUUGUUGAUGCACUGUCUCGUGCGCUUUCUGAAAACAAGGAUGAUGAGAAUUCUUAUGGCUCUGGGUUGCCGUGUCUUCUUAAAUACUGGCUUUUGGCACAUCUUGAUACUAUUGCUUCUACUUCUCAGAAGGAAGUUACUUCAUUGUUUUUGGGGAAUCAGACUUUGCUUCAUUUUGUUGUAAAAAUUGACAUGUUUGGAUCUCCAGGAAAGGAGAAGUUAUUAAACAAUUUAUUGGCUAACAGAUCUAAAUUGGAAGAACAGAGGGCUUCAAUAUUAUUCUCACUGACUAUAUCUGGUGGGUUAACCCAACAUGAGAAGUUCAGUGCAUACGAGCUAGCAUUAAAUGAAGGGAAUGACAAGCUCAGUGAAGAAAUGAAGUUCUUGGGCCAAAAGUUGGGUUGGGGUGACCCAACUUCCCUUUAUUAUAUCAAAGAUACAAAUUACGAGGAGGACUUCGAUGCAGAUUUAUCUUCAUUGAGCUGGAUUCGGACAGCUGCUUCUGAUGUUGUCAACCGGUUGAUGGUUUUGCUCUCUUCAGCUUCUGGGAUGUGGUUCAGCAAGUAUGAUCUUCCUCUGCCUGGACAUGUCCUAAUACAUGGCCCUCCUGGGUCUGGGAAGACGCUAUUGGCAGGUGCUGUUGCAAAGAACUUGAAGUAUCAGCCUGACUUUUUUGCUCACAUAGUUUUUAUUCAUUGUUCUCGGUUUGCCCUAGAAAAGGGUUCCCUCAUCCGUCAGAAACUAUCUAGAUACAUAACCAAUGCUUUAGAUCAUGCACCUUCACUUGUGGUCUUUGAUGAUCUCGAUAGCAUCAUUUCUUCCUCUUCUGACUCAGAAGGGCCAGUAUCGUCGACUUCUGCAAUGGAGCUUACAGAAUUUCUCAUAGACAUUGUGGAUGAUUAUGCGGAAAAAAGGACGAGCUCAUGUCGAAUUGGACCCAUUGCUUUCCUUGCGACGGUGAGAGCUCUAGAUAAAAUACCGCAGGCCUUGAGUUCCUCAGGGAGGUUUGACUUCCAUGUGCAACUGCCUGCUCCUGCUGCCACGGAACGUGAAGCUAUAUUGAAACAUGAAAUGCAGAAGCGUUCUUUAGAUUGCGCUGACGAAAUCUUACAUGAAGUGGCAUCCAAAUGUGAUGGUUAUGAUGCCUAUGAUUUGGAAAUAUUAGUUGAUCGAGCUAUUCAUGCUGCUGUUGGCCGUUUUAUGCCUUAUUCACUGUCUUUGAAGAGGCCUGAGAAGAUGAGUCUUCUCAGAGAUGAUUUUUUGAGAGCACUGCAUGGCUUCCUUCCAGUUGCUAUGCGCGAUAUCACAAAAACUGCUCCUGAAGGUGGUCGUUCUGGAUGGGAUGAUGUUGGUGGACUCAGUGAUAUCAAGAAUGCCAUUAAGGAGAUGAUCGAAUUGCCUUCAAAAUUUCCAAAAGUGUUUUCACAAGCUCCUCUAAGGCUACGGUCAAACGUUCUUUUAUAUGGACCUCCAGGCUGCGGCAAGACACACAUUGUUGGUGCUGUAGCAGCAGCUUGUUCUCUUCGAUUCAUAUCAGUGAAAGGGCCUGAGCUGUUGAAUAAGUACAUUGGUGCUUCUGAGCAAGCUGUUCGGGAUAUAUUCUCGAAGGCAGCAGCUGCAGCACCUUGCCUUCUCUUUUUCGAUGAAUUUGAUUCCAUUGCUCCAAAAAGGGGGCAUGAUAAUACGGGGGUUACUGACCGUGUCGUCAAUCAAUUUUUGACUGAAUUAGAUGGUGUUGAAGUUUUAACUGGAGUGUUUGUUUUCGCGGCAACAAGUAGACCGGACUUACUUGAUGCUGCGCUUCUGAGACCUGGCAGGCUCGAUCGUCUUCUGUUUUGUGAUUUUCCUUCUAUACAGGAGAGGCUGGAUGUUCUUAAAGUUCUAUCGAGGAAGCUCCCCUUGGCCAGCAAUGUGGACUUAGAUGCCAUAGCUCAUAUGACAGAAGGAUUCAGUGGAGCUGAUCUUCAAGCUCUGCUUUCCGAUGCACAGCUUCAAGCUGUUCAUGAUCUUCUCGACAGAGGGGAGGUCGAUCAGCAUGGGAAAAAGCCAAUUAUAACCGACUCUCUUCUGAAGUCCGUUGCUUCAAAGGCGAGGCCGUCAGUCUCAGAUGCUGAGAAGAGAAGACUGUAUAGCAUCUACAGCGAAUUUCUCGAUGCAAAAAGAUCUACUGCUGCUCAGUCGAGAGAUGCGAAAGGAAAGAGGGCAACUCUAGCAUGACGAGCGGACUGGAAUCAUUUCCAUGGCGUCUUGUCCCUUUUUUGACACAUCUAUAUAUUCUUUUCGUUAUUGAAUUCUAACAUCUAUCCCCAAAUCUAGAAUUGUGCAUCCCCAAUCAGGAAAUUCAACUGGGGAUUCUGAUAGUUGCUUAUUAUGCAUCUGUUGUAGUCAAUC